ACUUGCCGUUCAACUUGUCGAUAUUUUCAUUUACCUAAAAUCGCAGCUUUUCUUUUUCUUCAAUCAUUUGUCGUCGCAGUUUUUUUGGUAGAAAACAAUAACUUUUCUUUCGGAAAUUCUGUUCUAUGUUUUGAUUUCGCAAUCGUUCUUUCCGUGCCGUUCUUUUUUCUUUUUAUUUAUCGAUUAUUUUCAGGCUUCGUUCACGGUCCCCCCGUCUCGAAGCAGCUCAACAAAAUGAGAGAGAAGUGGCGUAAGAAGCGUAUGCGUCGUCUGAAGCGCAAGAGGAGAGCCGCAAAGAAGUAG